AUGUCCGAGCUACCCUCCAAUCAAACCGCCAUCGUCGCUCUCGACGAUGGCACACUCGGCCUACGCAACGACAUCCAAAUCCCCUCCCUAGAAGACGACAUGAUCCUAGUCAAGAACGCCUUCGUCGCCCUAAACCCAAUCGACACCAAAAUGGUCGGCAAGCUCGCAAGCCCCGGCGCAAUCGCCGGAAUGGAUUUUGCAGGCGAAGUCAUCUCCAUCGGCUCCAAAGUCCAAACCGCCGCGCCCAUCCAGCCAGGCGACCGAAUCUGCGGCGCAGUGCCGGGGAUGCACUCUCUCACUCCUGCGGUGGGCGCGUUUGCGCAGUAUGUUGGCGCGACGGAUCUUACGACCAUGAAGGUCCCGGAUCAUAUGUCGCUUGAAGAAGCGGUCACCCUGGGAAGUGGCAUUGGGACUAUUGGGCUUGCGCUGUUCAAGUCGCUGGAUGUUCCUGGUUCGCCUGGGUUGCCGGCUAGCAAACCGGUGGAUGUGCUGGUGUAUGGGGGUAGCACUGCGACUGGGACUCUGGCGAUUCAGUUGCUUAAACUAUCGGGCCUGAAUCCCAUAACAACCUGCUCACCAAACAACUUCGACCUCGUGAAAUCCUACGGCGCCACGGCAGUCUUCGACUACCGCCAGGAGACAUGCGCAGACGAGAUCCGCAAACACACUCGAAACUCACUCAAAUUCGUCCUCGACUGCAUUUCAGAGCCAGAGACAAUGCAGUUCUGCUACAAAUGCCUCGGCCGGUCGGGGGGCAAAUACACCGCAUUGGAACCCUACCCUGAGUUCCUGCAUACCCGGCCCAAGACGGUUGUGCCAGACGGGGUGCUUGGCCCGACGCUGCUUGGGAAAAGGCUUGGAUGGCCAGAGCCGUUUGGCACGGAUCUGGCGGCUGCGGACUUUGGAUUAUUACGGGUUCAGGAUCAUCUGCCUUACUUGAAUGCGUUCUGCAGUGAGGUGCUCCGGUGCUAUCCCUUCUCGCCGAUUAUUGUGAAAGUUGCACAGCGGGAAACUACGCUGAUGGGCCAGCGGAUCCCCAAGGGCACGGUUGUGCUGUACUCGGCGGAGGUGUCGAACCAUGACAAGACGCUUUGGGGGCCUGAUGCGGAUCAGUUCAAUCCGGAGCGGUGGAUGGGCGAGGGGAAGGCGAAGUCUGGUGGUUCUUCGAGUAAUUAUGCCAUGCUUACAUUUGGGGCGGGUCCACGGAACUGCAUUGGAGCGAAUUUUGCCCGGGCGACGCUUGAGUGUCUUGUUGCGGCGGUGUUGUCUACGUUUGAGAUUGAGCUUGCGAAUCCUGAUACGGCGGGGAGGUUGAAGUUCGGGCAGACGAAGAAGUCGGCAGAAGGGGUUUACGGAAGGCUUAAUACAGCCGUCAUUCUGGAAGAGCUUACAGUCGAGUUGCAGAGCAGCAAUGAACCUCUGGAAAGUUUCAGUCGGCAUCCUCGCCGCCGUAAACCAACAACCGAAGAGGGCAAAUUCAUCAUUCAAUCCGAAGGCAUUCGACUGGCUUUUACAAACCACGGCGCAGCCCUUACAAAUCUCUGGCUGAAUAAUACCCAUGGCGAGGAGAUCGAUGUUGUACUGGGCUUGGACGAUGCGACGGGUUAUCCAUCGCUGCAGUCGAAUCCGUUUUUGAAUGGGGUUAUAGGACGAUACGCCGGCUUCCUAAGCAACUCCAGCUACCCAGUCGACGGAACAAUCUACCCCGUAACCGCAAACGCACACAACGCGACCUCGCUAUUCAACGGCGGAGAUAAGGGCUGGGGCCGACUGACCUGGGACAUCGCAGUGCAUAUCAACAACAGCAUUACAUUCGUGCUGUUUGAUAACAGGUGGAAUGGGUUCCCUGGGAUCUUUGCCUCGUGCCCGAUUAAUUUGAGUCGGCAGGUUUUCUUUAAUCUUGAUGGGUUUAGGAAUAAUGCUGGUGAUAGUACGGUGCUUGAUCAUAGGCUGAGGCUUCCUGUUGCUGGGAUGCGGUUCGAUGUUGAUGAGCGGGGGAUUCCGACGGGGGAUAUGAAGAGUAAUAGGGAGGGGAAGGAGUUCGACUUUUGGUCUGCGGAUAAGUCUAUUGGCGAGGAGGUUCAGAAGGGUGGUAAUGCCGGAUUUGAUGUGACUUAUGCGCUCUCCCAUAAACCGUUGGGCGACAAGGAAGAUGAGCCUGUGGCGAUCCUCUCCUCGAAGCUGUCUGGUGUCACCAUGGAACUUUACACGGACCAGGACGCUCUCCAUGUUCAUACGUGGGAUAAUAACUUGGGGUUGCAGUUGAAGAAAGGUCAAGGGCCAGGCAAAGUCCCUCAGCACGGGGCGAUAUCUCUAGAGAUGCAAGACUGGCCAGAUGCAGUGCACCACCCGGAAUGGAGACACAGGAAGACCAUUUGGGGGAUGGACGGACUGUAUACGCGGUUUGCAACGUAUAAGUUCUCGGUCGAGGAGAAAUAA